GCUCAGCAGCAUCUCGUCCUUCACUCAGUCAGUCUGUCAGGAGGUAACGGUUAUAAUGCGUUAAUAAGGGGGGUAUGUAGGACUGUGGAGGGCAGUUUGGGUUAGUUCGUGUAGUCAGUUGAGGGCAGCCAGCAUGUUCCCGGGGUUGUUAUACUCGCUGCUGGCGGGGUUUCUGGGCGCUGUAGCCUCGUCCUCGGCUAAACUGUCCCUGGGUUCGGAUUACCUGAAGGGAGUGUGUGAGACUGGGCUGAGGAACUGGGGGGAACCGAGGAGCUUCAUCCAUACAGACCAAAGCUCCACCUGUGAACGGCUGCACAUCCCCCUGCGGUUGCUCUGUGGUGGACUGCUGUUCACCUGUAAUGCUGUGAUGUGGACGUUCCUAUCAAAGGCGCUCAGGUACUCGUCCUCCUCCACCCGGACCACCGUUACCACCACCGCCUCCAACCUCAUCUCUUCUGUGUUCCUGGGGCAGCUGAUUUUCGGGGACAGUCUCAUGGCACUGUGGUGGGUCGGGGUCUCUCUCACUCUUUCCGGUCUCCUGGUGCUGCAGCGCUCCUCGUCCAUCUGCGCGCCCACGGAGAGCGCCAGAAAGGACGAAUGAGCGGCGAAAAUCAACCACGUGACCGACGGCAGCUUUCAAUCCAUUACGACAUGAGUAGAGUGGAAAUGAAUGGAAGCUGGAGAUGAUCUUGGUAACCAAGUUCUGUUAUUGUUAACUGAACGGAUGUAUAUAGUCAGACAGCAAUAACUGAUUGGUCAGUGACUGGUGAUACGAUCUACUGCAAUAUUCAAUACACAUAAUCUUAUUACCCGUUCGUGCUAUUUCGGGGAAGAAAAUAUGAAGACGGGAUUAAACCACGUCUUCAGAUCCAUGCAGAAAACACACAUCAUCCUGACCAACCUCAAUCAGCUCAGUCAAUCAUGGAAGUUCCAGCAGCCGUAACGUACAGACGGACCUGCUGCCAAGAUCAAACCUUAAAUACGGAUGUUCUGACGCAUUCGAUUGCUUACAUAUCGCCAACAAGAAGCACAGAAGAAAGAGCAACGGCUUAUGAACCAUCCCAACAUAUAGAUCACCAGAAUCCACAAUCGUUACGAUCACAAAUCCUUCCAGAUGUUCUUCCACCUCGUAUAUGGACACUGCAGAACCGUGAGGGAACCUACGUGUAAUACACGGUCUGUGGUGAAAGGUUAGCUGGUCACACCAAAGACUUUAAACGCUGGUUUAGCUGGUGAGAACGGCCAAACCAUUUCACCAUGUCUGAAAACCUAGGUAGAUGGGAUUGAAUUUUAAAAGGCGGAUUAUUAAAUGAUCCUAAUUAUUAUUUAUUAGGAUUUGAACGUCAUGUUUUACACUCUGGUUACGUUCAUGACAGGGACGGUAGUUACUCAGUACACAACAUUCAUCAGUUCACAAGUUUAAUAUCAAACACAGU